CAAUCGGGUUUAAAAGGCCUGAAAUUUGGAAGACCGCCUGCAUUUCUGUACACAACAUAAUUGAGUCCUAACAAAGACCACCUAAUCAAAUCAUGUAAAUGGCAAACAGCUUGGCACCAGUGACUGGUGAGGGGAAAGCCUUCACUUUUCAUGUGCGGCAUCCAACUGUUAAAUAUUCAUUUGUGUUGGGCCAGUUGACUCGUGAUAAUGGGCUCCCAUUGGGCCUGCUCAUCAUUGUUUGAUUUAUUCGCACAUUCAAGUUUUUGACUGGCUUCAUUACCAAACACCUGCCCAGGAAUGCAAAUCUCGACCCGACUUGCACCAUGUUCGGGCAAACCCGUUACUGCAACGGCUAGUCACUGCCACUGCCAGAGUCGGCUCCCACAAAGACAAAGUGGCAGAAAUCCCACUUGAAGUAGCCUUUUGCUUCUCUGCUCUGCUGAAUCCAUGACGCAAGCGUACCAGCAGCAGCCAUGGACGCUCAGCCUUCGAGCUAAGGCCAAAAACUUGGAUUUCAAAUUGAAGGCAUCAAGAAUGUUGCCCGUUUGCAAGCUUUUCCGAUUCUCGAUCCAGUUCAAGCUCCAUCCUUAUUUUCUGGAAAUCAAAUCCAAACCCGAAUCCUCUUUUUCCUUGAAACCAAAGUGUUUAAAGCUCAUAUUCCUUGAGAUAUUCAAGAAAUUUCAGAACAAACGAGCAAGAAACAAAGGCAUUGUGAGAAGCUGGCUCGCUCAUAAGAAUUACUUGUACGGAAGAAGAAAAACCUGGAUUUGGUUGUGGGUUCUGCUUUCGGCAGUGGUGGGCUGUUUCAUUGUUAUGCAGUUGAGCUAUUAUUUAGGUGAAGGCUUCCUGUGGAAAUAUUCUUGCAAGGCUUUGAAUUAUGCUGCACCUUCUGGCUUCUUAUACCAACUUUCCAAGGUAAUAUUUGAUGGGAUUUGUGGAUGGUUGGGUUUGUAGUCCAUAUUUGAUGUUUGAAAUCUUUAGCUGGCUGGAUGGAUGUCGACGCUUUUUAUGAAAAUUUCUGAGGCGCCGGAAUUUGUUUGACUGAAAUACGGAGGAAGAGGUGUGUUUAUUUUAAAUGAAUGAAAAUUGAAGGAUAAAAUUAACAUUUUAAGCUUGUCUUUCUUGUUAUUCUGUAUUUCCUUGGAAUUUGGGAGGUAAUUGUUUUUGGGUAAUUUUUUAAUUUUGUAUGCUCCCAUCCCACUCCCAGGUUUACUACAAAUUAAGGAAAUGAAUAUAUGUUAUGAACACCAA